AUGGUGACAGUGGAAAAAGAUUUGCACGAAUUGGUGACGGAUCCACAACUCCGUCAGGUGAUUGAAGCAAUCUCACAGGACCAGCAAUACCGGAACAUGCAACAUAGCACACAAAUGAAGAAACCCGUAUGGAAUCAAAUUUAUUUGAAUGCCACUGGUAUCCUAAUGAAACGACAGCGAGGAAGAAAGUGCCAUGUGGUCGUCAUUCCGAAACAGCUGCUCUAA